ACACAUAGAUACCUCACGACGCAUACACCAAAUAAUUCUUAAAAUCAUAAGUGUAUUUAAUCUUUGCUUAGAAUUCUGCAAGGUUGGUUUAUUUUUAUACUAGUGAAAAUGAAUAAAUAUAACUAUAUGGAAAAUGUUCUCCAACACAUCAACGCUAAUGUUAUAUCUCUACGGGAUGAUGAAAUUAAGGGGAAUAACAUUAUUCUCAAGGAGAUACUUAAUAUUAUCAUAGACAAAUUAAAAACCAAAAACAUAAUGUUUAGGAAAAUGUACACUUGCAUUUUCUUUGGAGGAAGUUAUUAUGACGGAUUGAGAGUUGGACAUCCAAAUGAAUUUGAUUUGGAUCUCUUGUUAACUCUACAUAACUUAACAAAACCCAUAAUAACGAAAGCCAAUGAACCAGGAUAUGUUUUUCUGAAACUGGGCAACAUUAAUAAUUUUCUAAAUAUAGAUGACUUUAAAAUGUAUAAACAAUUAUCAAAUUUGAUCAAUAAAAAUGGUUAUCUGGAUGUACGUAAAGUUCUGUCGUGGUUUGAAGGAAUCGUUACUUCAUCCUUAAAUGAUAUCAAAGAAGGUUCAAUAUACAAUUUUCAAAUUAAGGGAAAUACGUAUAAGGGUACUAUACACAAAGGUGGACCUGCAUUUACAUUAAAGAUUAAGGGUCCUAAUGGAAGUAAUAUGGACAUUGAUUUAGUUCCAUGCUUUAGAUUCACUGAGGAACAUUGGCCCCAGGGUUUCAAAAAAAGUACCAGUCAACAAAAGAGUUUCUUCAUUGUUCCGAAACCUUUGCCAGAUAGCACUAAAUCUCAUUAUUGGAGACUUUCCUUCCAAGAACAGGAAAGGGAACUUAUCAAUAACAAGGGCAGGCUCAAACCAGCACUUAGGCUAUUAAAACAAAUGAGAGAUACGCUUAAUCAUCACAGAAUUGCUAGUUACUACUUAAAAACUGUUUUUCUUUGGCAAGUUGAAGAAAUUGGCGUUGACCAGAGUCAUUGGAAUUCAUCUUUAUCCUACGUUUUCGUAUGUGCCUUAAAAAGAUACAAAGAGUUCCUUGAUAGUGAUAACCUACCCUAUUUUUGGGAAAAGAAAAAUAACCUUUUGAGUGGACUUCAUGAGGACACGCUUAAGAAUAUAAGGGGGAGCAUACUUAAAGUAUUAACUGAUAUUGAAAGCAACAACAAGGAUCCAAACGCAAUAGUAAAAUACUUAUUAACACCAGAAGAACAAAAAAGAAUAAUGAAUGGAGGUAAUCCUCAGCAAUCAGCGAACGCAGAAAAUGGAUCGUGUUUAAGCAUGUAGCUUGUUAAUUAUGAAAACUGGAUUUGAGUGGAUUCAGAUGGAUCAAACUAUAUAUUAUUAAUUAAUAAUACUAUAUUUUAAUAUUAAUUAUAUAUACAUCAUUAUAUUUUAUUAUAAAUAUUAUUUUAUAACUUUUAUAUAAUUAUUUUAUACAGAGUUUGUGAAUAAAGUCCAUAAUUUUGUUA